GCUGAAUAUUCGAUUGUUUAAUAUAUACUUAUCGUUGUAAUUGGUUUAUUUUAGACGCAAACGUCUCCAAUAAGACAAAAAACGUAUUGAGAUCUGAAUGCGUCUCAAUGCAGAAUCCGUCUUUCUGGGCCACAUAGCGCCGCUUGCAGUAAUACGCCGGGAUAAACACAAGAACCAGUUAUUAGAGCCAGGUCAGUGACGCAUGACAGCGAGUCUUUGAACUAUAAAAUACAUUUGAAAGUUUCUCGCCACGCGAACCGGCCGCGUCUCGAUUGCACAUGAAUGCAGUUAAAGGAGAAAGCUUCGUGACGCUUGAAUGAGAGUUACUGUUGUUGUUGCUGCCGCGCUUUAUUUGCGUAUUGUCUCAAUAGAGCAUCAGUGUUAGCGCCUUCACAGCUUCACAGUGAUUUAAUUCAUCAGGAUGGUUGUGUUAAAGAGUUUGCAUCCACCCAGCGAGGGCGUGAGGCUCCAGCAGGCCGACACAACUGCAGUUCUGGACGGGAAGAGGCUGGGAUCAGGGACGCUGUUUGUGGCAGAGGCGCAUCUGUCCUGGUUUGAUGGUUCAGGGAUGGGUUUCUGUCUUGAGUACCCCUCCAUCAGUCUGCACGCGAUCUCACGAGAUCUCAGUGCCUUUCCAGAAGAGCACCUGUAUGUGAUGGUCAAUGCAAAACUGGACGAUGAAGCUGAAGCAGAGCAGCAGGAUAAAGCUUCGGAUGAUGCAGGAGAGGACGACGAGGAGAGCGACAGCGACAGUGAAGACUCAGGAACCAUCACAGAGAUCCGCUUCGUGCCCAGUGAUAAAGCCGCAUUGGAGCCCAUGUUCUCCGCCAUGUGCGACUGUCAGGCCCUGCACCCCGACCCCGAUGACGCCGACACCGAUGACGACGAUUACGAGGGAGAGGAGUAUGACGUCGAGGAGGCUGAGCAAGAGCAGGGUCAGGGUCAGGGCGACGUCCCCACGUUUUACACCUAUGAGGAGGGUUUGUCUCACCUGACGGCCGAGGGUCAGGCCACACUGGACCGGCUGGAGGGGAUGCUGGCCCAGUCCGUCGCACAGCAGUACCACAUGGCUGGAGUCAGGACCGAUGUGCCUUCGGCUGAAUUCGAAGAUGGAAUGGAAGUCGACUCAAGCACAGUUGCUGGACAGUUUGAUGACGCUGAUGUGGAUCACUGAUGAACUGCGUUUCUGUACGGCUGAUUGAAGCACUUCAGUGGGGCAUGCUGGGAUACCGGCUGACUCUCAAAGCUCUUAUAAUUUCUGUUUUACACCACGGCCGUACAUUUCCAGAUCCACGGCCCUGUGUAGCUUCCACUAAUCGAUUUUGUAGUUUUCCCUGAAGACCAACUUCCAGAAUGAUCCUCCUCAGUGGAAUGAUGUUGAUGAGUUUGUUAGAGAUUUCAAUAAAUACAGCUGUUUUUGUA